AUGAGUUUAGAUGAAAUUGAAGAAGAUGACUUAUAUAAAGUUGAAGACAAUUUUGAACAGAUUGAUUUAACCAAAAUUACAUCAGAAGAAUCUAGUAAUGAUUAUGAUUCAGAUAUUAUAGAACUUAAUAAAUCUGUACAAGAAAAUAAAAAAGAUACAAAUAAACUAUUAUAA